AUGAAUUUAAUGGAAUUAGCCUUAAAACAUGAGAUUAAAGGAACUCCAAAAGGUCCUUAUUUAUACCCAUUUGGUAUUAGAGGUAAAAAACCAUUUUCUUUAUUAACAGAUGAUGAGUCUUCAGACUAUUCUGAAAAUUCUUCAGAUAAAGAAGAAGAUUUGGGAAUGGGAGCAAAAGUGAAAUGCAUAUAUGACAAUGAAUUAUAUAAGAAAUAUGAUUCAGAAGUGGAGGAAGAAAAUCAAAUUGGUUCAAAAAGAAUAAUUGAGGAAACAAUGUAUGAAUAUAAAAGUAGAAGAAAAGGAAAAGAAGUAGAGUAUAUAUCUCGUGAGGAUGCUUUUGAAAAACAAUAUGCAAAAGACUUUGAGUUUUUUUUUGGGGUCCCAUAUCGUCCUUAUACACGUUUAUCACGUUAUAGAUUUGGUAAAAAUAUGAAAUACCCAAGAGAUUUAAAGCAAGCAGAAGCAGUUUACAAGAAAUACCCACGUUAUUUCUUUAAUGAUCCAUGGCCAGAAAUAGAUGUUUCAAAACCAAUACCAUAUGUAAAGCAAAAACAACCUCCAAGGUUAGUGAACGAGAGAGGUAUUCCAAUAACUUGGCUAGAUAUUAUUGAAAAGAGUAAAAGGUAUAAUGUAAGAAGGGGUAAUAAAUCAGCACAUAAUUUGGAAUCUCAGAGUAGGAAAGAGCCACCUCAUACUCUUGGAGAUGCUGUUGCUGCUUGGAAUAUAUCUUCUUCAUUACUUGAUGGAGACCUACCAAGUAUUAUUGGUGAAGAUAAGAGAAGUAGGAAGCAAAAAAGAUUCUCAUUUGUUAGAGAUAAUAUUCGUGGUGUUGCAGAAGAAAUUGAAUCAUGGACAAAAUGUCCUGUAGUGCAGACAGAAAUUAAUAAGUAUCUUGAGAACUCUUGGAAAAACAUAGAUAAACAAUCUUCUAGUAAGCCUAGUGAGAGUCAAAAUGAGAAAAAAGUAAAUGGAACAAACUUAUCAAAAAGUACUCAUAGAACUGAAGGCUCACAAAAAACUUCUUCUGAGUCUAUCCAAAAUCCAAAUUCUAAGCCUACUAAUAAGGAUGAUAAUAUUCCUAAAAAUAAAGCUGAGCCUUCUGCUAAGGAUGGGCUUGCUGUUGAUAGUAAAGUCGAGGAAAAAGAGACCACUUCUUUGGCUGCUUCAAAGGGUCUUCCAGCUUCGCAGCCUUCGAGUUCUGAUGGAACUCCGAAAGAACCACAACCUCCUGCUAAAAAAGGACCUCCAGCGCCAAAAGGCCCAACAGCUCCUUCAGACCCUGACAGUCUUCCAAAAGAGUCUCCUGCAUCAAAGGGACCUCCUACAACAAAGGGUCCUCCUGCACCAAAGGGUCCUCCUGCACCAAAGGGUCCUCCUGCACCAAAGGGUCCUCCUACAUCAAAGGGUCCUCCUCCACCAAAAGGUCCUCCUACACCAAAAGGCCCUCCGCCACCAAAAGGACCUCCACCACCAAAAGGACCUCCUGCUCCUCCCUCAAAUUCUGAUAGCCCUCCAGAAGUUCCUCCUUCAGACUCCGAUGGGCCACCAAAGGGUCCUCCUACAUCAAAAGGUCCUCCACCACCAAAGGGACCUCCACCACCAAAGGGACCUCCACCACCAAAGGGACCUCCACCACCAAAAGAACCUUCACCACCAAAGGAGUCUCCACCCCCAAAAGAACUUCCACUUCCAAAAGAACCUCCACCACCAAAGGGACCUCCACCACCAAAGGGACCUCCACCACCAAAGGGACCUCCACCCCCAAAAGAACUUCCACCACCAAAAGAAUCUCCACCUCCAAAGGGACCUCCACCACCAAAGGGACCCCCACCACCGAAGGAACCUUCUGCUCCUCCCUCAAACUCUGAUGGGCUUCCCAAGGGCUCACCUCCUUCUAAAAAAGCACCACCACCACCAAAGAAGGCGCCUCCUCCUAAAAUAAGUUAA